AGGCCCCGCCCAUUUCCAACAUGGAGUCACACGUGUCCUGUUCUCCAGAGAUGGAAACAAGGAGGUUAGAGGGGAAAUGGGAGAAUGAAGAGCCGGACACUGAGGAUCCUCUGGACACAAUCAAGAAAGAUUCUGAUUCUGGGGACGAUUCCCCUGAAGAAGAACUGGAAAUAUUACAGAUAAAGAUAAAAGAAGAGGAACCUGAGUCUGAAGAGGAUCUGACCCCUGUGGAAAGUUUGGCAGUUGAGGCCAGCCGUUUGUCUGAUGAGAGCAGAACAUGGAGAGACUUGCCGAGGUCACAAGAGGAGGAACAUGGUGAUCCGUUGGAAAGAUUAAAGGAGUGGUCGAAGGCGAGUGAAGUGAUUCUUGGGCUGGCGGAAGACAGAGAAGAGACUAAUGCAGAGUCUGGAAUAAGAGCUGAGAAUGGCUCGGCAAGUGCUAAAGGAUCCGGCUUUAUCUGCAGCAAAUGUGGCAAAUGCUUCUGCGCCAGUAUUGAUCUUCUCACUCACCUUUGUGCUUCUCACAACUACCAGAAGACUCACACAGGGGAGAAACCUUUCUCAUGCCCAGAAUGUGGCAAAUGCUUCUCUCAAAAGACCCACCUCCAAAGGCAUCAGAAAACUCACACCGGCGAAAAGCCCUUCACGUGCCCAGAAUGCGGGAAGAACUUUACCCAGAAGAUCACGCUUGUCAAACACCAGGCCAUUCACACAGGGGAGAAACCCUUCAUGUGCACGGAAUGCGGGAAAUACUUCUCUCAGAAGAGCCACCUCAGUAGUCACCAAAAAAUUCACACAGGGGAAAAAUGUUUUUCAUGUGUGAUUUGUGGGAAAAGCUUCUCUCAUAAGUGCAGCCUGAUGAACCAUCAGAUGAUCCACACCGGGGAGAAACCAUACACCUGCACAGAGUGCGGGAAAAGCUUCUCUCGCAAGCACUAUCUUCACAUCCACAAACAAACUCACACAGGAGAUAAACCUUACAAAUGUACGGACUGUGGGAAGAGUUUUUCUCAGAAAAGCCACAUUUACAGCCACCGGAAAAUCCACUCAGGGGUGAAACCAUACAUCUGCACUACAUGCGGGAAAAGCUUUUUCCACAAGAUCAGCCUUAUGAGUCACCAGAUGAUUCACACCGGAGAGAAACCAUUCACCUGUAUCGAAUGUGGGAAAAGCUUUUCUGAAAAGAGUAAACUCCUCAAACACUGGAGAGUUCACACGGGAGAGAAACCGUUCACGUGCACCAUAUGUGGGAGAAGCUUUUCUCUCAAGGUUCAUCUUCAGACCCAUCAAGUCAUCCACACAGGAGAGAAGCCAUUCGCCUGCUCCGAAUGCGGGAAGCGAUUUGCACGAAAGAGCAAUCUUCAAGGGCAUCAGAAAACUCACACGGGGGAUAAACCUUUCUCUUGCACAGAAUGCGGGCGGCGGUUCACGGAAAAGAACAAACUUCUGAGGCACUGGCAAAUUCACUCGGGUGAGAGAUCUUUCGUAUGUUCCACGUGUGGGAAAGGCUUUUCCAUCAGAGCUGAUCUUCGCAACCAUCAGAUGGUUCACACGGGGGAGAAACCUUUCACUUGCACGGAAUGCGGGAAGAGCUUCUCACGGAAGAGCAUCCUUCAGGGCCAUCAGAAAACCCACACCGGGGAGAAACCCUUCACCUGUACAGAAUGCGGCAAAUGCUUCUCUGCCAGCGGGAUACUUGUCCGGCAUCAGAGAGUUCACACGGGAGAGAGACCUUUUAUCUGCACAGAAUGUGGCGGAUGCUUCUCUCAAAAGAGUAUCCUUCUGAGACACCAAAAAACUCACGCAAAAUCUUUCCCAGAACAGGAGCCACAAAUAUUACAAAUAAAGAUAAAGGAAGAAGAAUCGGACUCUGAAGAUCAUCUGACUUCAAAUGAAAGGGCAUCUGCUACACUUACUGAUGCAGAUGAUGUUGUGGUGAAGAAGAGGAGACAGUGGGUUCAGCCGAUGUGCUAUCAGCGCUUUUCCAAAGGUCAGUUUCACCUGCUGUAUGGAAAGCUACGGAAAAACCCUGAGAAGUUCUUUGCCUACAUCCGGAUGUCCAUCUCCACCUUCGAUGAGCUCCUGAAGCUUGUUCAUCCUCAUCUCCAUCGGAUGGAUACGAAUAUGCGCCAGGCCAUAUCCCCAGCGGAACGACUGGUUGUAACAUUAAGAUUCAAGAUGGAGUCUCUUUGCUCUGUCAUCGCAGUAAUGCUACCAGGAGAAUUCUCUCGACAUAAAGGACGCCUAUCUACAUGUUCCCAUGUUCCCUCCUCAUCAGAGAUUCUUAUGCUUUGCCUACCAAAACGUGCACUACCAACCUGCUCCCCAGGUGUUCACAAAGAUCAUGGCAGCAGCGACGGAACUUGGUGGUUGCAGCUCAACAAUCUCGCCAACGGAAGGCCACUCAACAGUCUUUCGGGCUGGGGAGCGGUCCUGGAGGGCAGAACUGCUCAAGGCCUUUGGUCAAGGGAGGAGAGAAGGCUGUCCAUCAACCUGCUAGAGAUACGAGCAAUUCGGUUGGGCCUAAUCCACUGGCAACGGGAGUUGACACGACAAGCCGUGGAGAUCCAAUCGGAUAACUCAGCGGCAGAAGCAGAUUUUCUAAGUAGGCAGUUGCUAGAUCCAGGUGAAUGGUCGCUAAAAGACAAGAUCUUCAACGACAUAACAGAGAGAUGGGGAGUGACAAAGGUGGACCUCAUGCAGAAUCGGAAAGUCUCCAACUUCUUUGCCAGAUCUCCUCUCACAAGGGCCAAUCCUCCAUCUAAAUCCGUCGAGCCUCUCUUUGACAGCGUGGCUUUUGAAACCAUGGUUUUGAAGCGGAAGGGGUUUUCUGACACUGUAGUGAGAACUUUGAGAGCAGCUCGAAAACCGGUGGCCUCAUCCUUUCACCUAAACCAGGAGAUUACUAUCCCCACCUUCUGUCCGUCACCAUCCAAUACAAAGGAGGCGGCACUUCACACCCUUGAUCCGGUCAGGGCCCUCAUGUUUUACCUGAAAAGAGUUCACGACUUGCGGAAAACAGACUCCUUGUUCAUCUUCCGGCCCACAGUGGGGCACACAAGCCUCCAUGGCUACUAUCUCCCGCUAGAUAAAGCAAACCAUCCAAAGAGCCUACACAGCACAGGGGAAGACGCCGCCGCUGGGCAUCAAGGCACAUUCAGCCAGAGGGAUGAGCACUUCCUGGGCUUUCCGAAGCCAAGCCUCAACAGAACAGCUGUGUUCCUUGCUACGGGCAGCACGUUUGCAGCUUUGCACUACCAGUUCCUGAUUGGAAGGGCUACGAUUGGCAUGAUAGUGCGGGAAACCUGCAAGACCAUCUGGAAUGUGACUAAAGAUCUGGUCAUGCCCGAACCAAACACUGAGAAGUGGAUGAAGAUCUCUGAGGGCUUCUAUGAGAAAACCAAUUUCCCCAACUGCAUCGGGGCCCUAGAUGGCAAGCACAUCCGUGUCACCAGACCCCCCAAUACCGUGUCCAAGUCUUGCUCCAAGAUCUUCUUCACGGUUUUGUUGGCCCUGGUGGACAGCAGUUACUGUUUCACCUGUAUUGAUGUGGGAGCCUAUGGCAGCGAUGGAGACACCAGCGGGUUUUUUAAAUCCAACCUCGGAAAGAUGGUGAAUGAGGGGAAACUUAACUUUCCUUCAAAUAAACCUCUGCCAGGCACCAAAGGCCCCGCGCUCCCAUAUGUUAUAGUGGCUGAUGAGGCAUUUGGAAUCUCGACAAAUGUAAUGAGGCCUUAUCCAAUCAGAAACCUGACUGGAACUAAACGAGCUUUCAAUUACAGGCUGACCAGGGCGAGGAGAAUGGUGGAAUGCGCAUUUGGAAUACUGGCAAAUAAAUGGCGGGUGUUUCAUUCUGCUAUACAGCUCAAUACCGCCUUUGUUGAUGACAUUAUUAAAUGCGCAUGUGUGCUGCAUAAUCUGGUGCUGAUGAGAGAUGGGAUUGUAUUUGAGGAUUCCAUAUUGGAUCCUUUACCUGGAGUGCCCUGGAACGUCGUGCGAGGACCUAAUAGCGGAAUGAGUGUUCGAGAUGCCUACGCCCAGUAUUUUGCUUCUCCAGAGGGAGAGGUCCCAUGGCAAAAUGAGAAUAUACAUUCCCAUCCCCUGUACUCACAUCUCCAGCCUCAUCUACUGGGUUCUCCAGAGAUGGAAACAAGGAGGUUAGAGGGGAAAUGGGAGAAUGAAGAGCCGGACACUGAGGAUCCUCUGGACACAAUAAAGAGGGAAAUGGAUCCCGUUCCUGGGGCCGAUUCCCCAGAGACACAACCACAAAUAUUAGAGGUAAAGAUAAAGGAGGAAGAACCAGACUAUGAAUAUUUUCUGCCCACAAUAAAGAGGGAAAUAGAUUAUGUUCUUGUAGCCGAUUGUCCCACAGACUAUACAGUGAAAUUAGAAAUGUCCAGAUCACCGCAGAGCUCACAACUAUCAGAAGCCGCUGAACCCUGUUGCCCUCAGGAUCCCGUCAAGGCUGAGCAUGAAGACGACUCAGUAUUUAAAGGGCCAGUAAAGUGCAAAACUGAUACUGAUUUGGGGUGUCAGUCUCAAGCCCCCAGUUUGAUGAGCUGUAAAUGUGGGAGCAGCUUCUCGUUGGAGAGGGAUCUCCUUGCACACGUUUGUGCUGACACUUCACAAAACUUCACUAAUCAAUCUAAGAACAUCGACACAGAGGCCGGACCUUUUAGUUCUAAAGAGGGAAUUAAACCCAGUCAAGAUCUGCAGGUUCCCACUCGGAAGAAAACGAUUAUGUGUCCGGUAUGUGGGAUAUUUUUCCAUAGAAAGAGCCAACUGGAGUAUCACCAGAACAUUCACACAGGGGAGAAGCCUUUCCAAUGCAGCGAGUGUGGGAGGAGCUUUGCUUUAAAGGGCCAGCUUCGCAAACACAAGGGCGUUCAUGCCCGGGACAGGCGGUUCUCAUGUACAGAAUGCGGCAAAUGCUUCUCUCAUAAAAGCAACCUUCGGAACCAUCACAAAAUCCACACCGGGGAGAGACCCUUUGCGUGUACGGAAUGCGGCAAAAGCUUCUCUCAGAAGAGCCACCUUCAAAGUCACCAGAGAAGCCACACGGGGGAGAAACCCCACGUCUGCACGGAAUGCGGCCGAUGCUUUUCUCUAAAGAGCAAUCUUGUGGCGCAUGAAAAGAAACACAAACACAUGAAGACCUUCGCGUGCAGCGAGUGUAAGAAAACCUUCUCCGACAUGGACGAACUUCGCAUCCACCGGGCAGUUCAUACGGGGGAGAAAGCCUUCAAAUGCAAAGUAUGUGGGAAAAGCUUUUCUCACAAGGGCAAUCUCCAGAACCAUGAAAUAAUCCACACCGGGGAGAAACCAUUCACUUGCACGGAAUGUGGCAAAAUCUUCUCUAACAUGGGCCGGCUGUGCGUCCACCAGGCGGUGCCGACACAAGAGAACGCUUUCAGGUGUAAAGUAUGCGGAAAGUUCUUUUCUCGCAAGAACUGUCUGAGGCACCAUAAACGAAUUCACCGAGGGGAGAAACCAUUCACUUGCACCGAAUGUGGGAAAAGCUUUUCUGACAUGGGCAAACUCUUUACCCACCAGACUAUUCACGCUAGAAAGAAAGCGUUCCUAUGUAAAGUAUGCGGCAAGCGAUUCACGUGCAUGGAUUAUCUGACAAACCAUGAAAUAACUCACACAGGGGAGAAACCAUUCACUUGUACGGAUUGUGGCAAAAGCUUUUCUCACAAGGGUAAGCUCUGCGUCCACCAGGCGGUUCACGCAAGCGAGAAAGCCUUCAAAUGUAAAAUAUGCGGCAAAAGCUUCUCUCGCAAGGACUAUCUGAAGAACCAUGAAAGGAUUCACACUGGGGAGAAACCAUUCACUUGCACAGAAUGUGGGAAGAGCUUCAGCGACAAGACCAAUCUUUACAGCCACCAGAAAGUUCACACGGGAGAAAAAAGUUACACCUGUACAGAAUGUGGGAGGAGUUUUCUUCGUAAAGACACCCUGAUCAAUCACCAGAAGGUUCACACCGGGGAGAAACCCUAUACCUGCACGGAAUGUGGCAAAAGCUUAAGCAGCCAGUCCAGCCUGAUCCGGCACCAGAGGAUUCACACGGGAAGUAAACCUUACAACUGUGCCGAAUGUGGGAGGAACUUUGCUGGAAAAGGUGAACUUCGGAGGCACAAGAAAGUUCAUAAUCGGGAAAAGUCUCUUCAGGAACAAAGUGUGGGCAAAGUUUUUAUCAAUAAUUCGGCCUUCACCGUUGUUACUGGGUUUUACAUAGAAGAGCAGCCCUUUGCUUGUGUAGAAGGAUGAAUCCUGCAGAAAGACGGUAGAACGUGGUGCGUAUUCGCCAUUAUUCAGCUUUCGACACCCCACCCACUCCCAAACUGCCCCCAAUGGUAACCUGACUGGCACCUCCUUUAGACCCGCCCAUCUCUGACAUCACAAAAAGGGGAGAGGCAGAGUAAGGUCAUGGGUGGAGAGAGUGGAAGAAGAGCAUAAACAACCUCCCCCCAUGAACCAUAUAAUGUGUAGGUAAGUUGGCCUAAAUCUGCCUGACCAGAGGGUCCCUCGGGUUUCUUAUUCAAGUGGGGGUUCAAACCUCUUUGCAGUAGAAGUAGCUCACCUCCCAACUGUCCUGUUUUCUGUGGCACUAGUCCUGAUUUUGACUCAUGAUUUCGAUCUCCUGCACUGACACCAGAAAAGGAUACAACGUUUCGGAAGCUUAAUUCAAAUAAUUGACAGAGAGAAGAAAGAGGCUGCUCUGAUGUUCUUCUGCUUAGGAAAGAUGUGAGAAAGGUUUCUAAUUUUAUUCCUAAGCAGAAGAACAUCAGCCUCUUUCUUUCUCCUGACAACUUCCUUGACUACUUGCUGGUCAGACUGGUGGGAAACUGACCAGCAGGUGGUGCUGUUGUAACACAAUUCAUUCAUAUUAACAGUACAUGUAUCCCUUAAUAUCUUGGAAUUAAACAUAAAUAAAUAAUGAAUGUACAAUACAAUAGUGCUUAGAAUAGCCCCCUCAUCAGUUUUACAUUCACUUAUUUUGAAGGUUUACUUAUCCUUUAAUAGACUGGAAUCUGCAGGGCAGGAUUUUCACUGAUCUCUUGCCUGGCAAACUCAGGUAUCUGUGAUGUUCAUUACUUUGUCGGUAUUAUCUUUACAUCAUGAGAAGUGUUUCUUUUGCAGACACCCCCUUUAUUAUCGACUUUCCUGUAAUGUCGAAUACGUUGGUUUUUAUUGGGGGAAUAAAAGACAAAACGAGUGAAUGAUUUGAAGGUCUUUACUGAAUAUGAUUGAACUCCAAUAUGGAGGAAUAAAAUACGUGAGAUGUGGA